GGGGUGGGCCCGCCGCACGGCGUCGGAGGAGGAAGUUGCUCCCACUGCGCCCACCGUCGGCUCGGGGGCGCGGAGCAGAGUCCUAGUCCACGCCGCCGCGUCGCCUUCGCCGCCAGCUCCCCUCCAUGUGCCCCGGCGCCCCCCUUCCUCAGGCCGCCGCUUACCCCGGGGUCUAUGGAAGUAAUGGAAGGACCCCUCAACCUGGCUCAUCAGCAGAGCAGACGAGCAGACCGUUUAUUAGCUUCGGGGAAAUACGAAGAGGCUAUUUCUUGUCACAAGAAGGCUGCAGCAUAUCUUUGUGAGGCCAUGAAGCUGACACAGUCUGAGCAGGCCCAUUUAUCACUGGAAUUGCAAAGGGAUAGCCACAUGAAACAGCUGCUCCUCAUCCAGGAGAGAUGGAAAAGGGCAAAGCGCGAGGAACGGCUGAAAGCUCAGCAGAACACAGACAAAGACGUGGCUACCCAUCUUCAGGCAUCUCACAAGCCCUCUGCUGAGGAUGGGGAGGCUCAGAGCCCCCUUCUUUCUCACAAGUACAGCCCUUCUGUGGAGAAACACCUCCCUGAAAUUCAUGGGGUCUUUGACAGAGAUCCAGACACACUUCUGUUUUUACUUCAGCGAAAGAGUGAACCGACAGAGCCGUGUAUAGGAAGCAAAGCCCCAAAGGAUGACAAAACCAUAAUAGAGGAGCAGGCAACCAAAAUUGCAGAACUGAAGAGGCAUGUGGAGUUCCUUGUGGCUGAGAAUGAAAGAUUAAGAAAAGAAAAUAAACAACUAAAAGCGGAAAAGGCCAGACUUCUAAAAGGUCCAGUAGACAAGGAGCUGGACGUAGACGCUGACUUUGUAGAAAAGUCUGAGUUGUGGAGCUUGCCACCACAGGCAGAGGCUGCCACAGCCUCGUCAACUUGGCAGAAGUUUUCGGCAAGUACCGGGAAAGCCAAGGACAUUCCAAUACCGAGUCUUCCUCCCUUGGAUUUUCCAUCUCCAGAACUUCCACUGAUGGAGCUCUCUGAAGAUAUUCUGAAAGGACUUAUGAAUAAUUAAAAUGAAAGCCAUUGGAGGUCAGAAGAAGAAAUUACUCAGUAACAGUUCAUUAACAGUUACUCCAGAAAUGAAUAAAAAGGGAAAACCACACCUGAGGGUAAUCCUGGAAAUAUAUCAUCAUCUGGCACAAUGUGGGAGAAGAGGCUUGCCAGGGCUUGAAAACAGUCACUGUGAAAUGUGUCGCAUGCCUGAUUCACUGACUUGAGCUAAUGAUUCCGACUUGGCAGACACUAAACUUUUGGAG